CCGAAGGAAGGCUGGUUGUGUUCGACCCAGAGUCCCAGACCGAGACCUUUCGCCCGUCCCGUCCCGAACCCAGACGGAACCAGGUCCAUCCCCAAGCGGAGACCUAGCCAUGGCAGCUUCUCCGCAGGCGGCCGCCGCCGGCCGUCACGCGCUCAGCCGCGGGGCCGGGCCGCCACGGCCGAGGCUUCGCUCGGCUCUACCGGCGUCGUCGCUCGCCCUCCCGCAACGCGCAGUUUCUUAUUUGUUCAGGUCGCUCCUGCCGAUUCCAACGGCAUUUUGCUCAACAUCACGUGUGCGGUUAACUCCAUCUGCAUCCUUGCCGUCAAGACGAAACUUUGAAGGCUAUAUUCCUCGCAGCUGCUCGCGUUCAUCGUUGCAGAUAUACACUACCCGGUCAUCACCGUUAUCUCUCUCGCCAUCUUCAGCCCUCAUGGUGUCAGCCCAGCUUCCGCCGGCUGAUGUAGAGCAGCGGUCAGAGGAGUGGUUUGCUCUGCGCAAGGAUAAGCUCACCACAAGCACCUUCAGCACUGCCUUGGGUUUCUGGGCCGGCAACAGACGGUCGGAGCUUUGGAGUGAGAAGGUCUUUGGACCAACAGAUGUCAAGUUGGCGGAUGCGGCCAUGGCUGCCAUGGCCUGGGGAACCAAUCAUGAAAGUAUGGCUGUAGAGCAGUACACGAGCAUCACAGGACGGUCAGUGGGUUCCCUUGGCUUUGCAGUGCACACCGAGGCUAAGUUGGGGUGGCUCGGAGCUUCACCUGACGGCGUUCUUGGGUGUGACCCCGAUGGUGGGAUCCUGGAAGUCAAGUGCCCGUACAACAAGGGUAAGCCCGAGCUUGCUCUGCCAUGGCGUAUCGUGCCAUACUACUACAUGCCACAGGUGCAGGGGCUGAUGGAGAUCAUGGGCCGAGACUGGGUCGACCUCUACUGCUGGACCCCCAACGGGAGCAGCCUGUUCCGAGUGCCUCGGGACCGCGCAUACUGGGAGCUCAUCCACGAUGUCCUGCGUGAGUUCUGGUGGGGCAACGUGAUGCCCUCCCGGGAGCUGGUGCUGCUUGGGAAGGAUGCCGAGGCGAGAUCUUUUGAGCCACAGCCCAAGCACCGACUGACAAAUCUAGUGAUAGUUAAGAGCAGGAAACUAGCUUCUGAAGCCAAGUUGUUAUGUAGGGAUGUUGGUGGCCAUGUAGAAUUCUUCCCAUGAGUGUAGUUCUGGCGGUGGUUGUACACUGUAUUCUGUUUAUUCGUUAAAUGAAAUCAUGAAUUACUUCCAAACCA